AUGUGGGAGCAGAGACGGAGGACAAAAUCCUUGGGCGCAAAGUGGCGUUGCGACGAGCCGGCGGUGACAAGAUGGCGGUUGAACGCUCGUCAGGCGGCUGAAGGCGGAGGGGCGCCGACGUCGGCGGUGGAGAUGGCGGAGGGCUCUGUGAGAGAGGGAGGAGAGACAGUGAUGGCUACGGGAGAGAGGGAGGAGAGAGAGAGGGAGGAUGGAGGAGUUAUGGUUUUUUUUCUUUUUAUAUUGUAG